AAUUCUUUUAAACCCUUCUUUAAGGUGUGAUGAAGGAGGGAGGACGGUGCUGAUCUGUUGCGGUUUUCCAGUUUGUGUCGGGAGUUAACUGGAAGUCCCUGAAACAAUGUCUCAGGCUCGGGUCACCGAUUUCUUCAGCCAGAGCAAGAGAGUCAAUGUGGACGGUACAGGGUCACCGAAGGCGGCUGUACAAACGGAGGUCCUGCGAGUGGAGACAAAACGGGAACAUGUGCGAACGACACGGUCCAACAGUAAAACGCUCCCUCUUGCUGAUGCAUCCAGGACCAGAUCCACGUGUUCUACGAAUCCGGUCCAGCGGGAUCCGAAGACUGAGCUGGGAGAGCAGGGAGCGCCAGCAGUGCUGAGGGACACAGCAGGAGUAGCUGCGAAUGAUCAUGGCGCCUUUGAAAAAUCAUUCGCUUCGGCUCCCCAGGAGGCUCCCCGCACUCCCAAGCGGAGGUCGCCGGAGACGGAGUUUGACCUUAGCUCUGAGUUGUUUUCCACCGCCGGGACGGGACACAGCUCAGCAAAGAAACGGGCCGUGUCGUGCCGCGUGGACCCGGAGACCGAGCCUGUACCGAGGCGCACCGAGGGGAAAACUCAGAAGAGGACAGCAAGGAAGCGGCUUGUCCUUUCCAACCCACCGGAGGAGAUAACCGUAUCGGAGAGCAAGCCAGCCACAGAGGUGGUGUCUGGAGGCAAGGAAGUGAAGAAUUCGGUGGACCAGAGUGGCGAUUCCCCCUCAGCGGGUAAACUGCACGACAGUAGCAGUGUCGUUCCCCAGUCGACAGCAGGGAAAAAGACCUUUUCCGUGGACGAUAUGGCAGCCCUCAAAUCUCGCCUUCAGAAGUUCCAGGAGAAGAAGGGGCCUCUGCCCCCAGCAGCCCCCAAGGGCGUGUCCUCGGAUGUGAAGACAAUGCUGGCUCGUGCCCGGGAGUUGGGGGCAAGGGCACAGUGCCGCAAGGAGGAGAAGCUGGCAGAGGAGGCUAAGCUUGCCACGGAGGAGAGGAAACCCCCUGUUGUAGAAAGUGAAAAUGUUCCAGCAUACCAGCGCUACCACACGCUUGCCCAGGAUGUGCCGCCUGGCCUCUCCUUGCCCUACAAGUUCAAAGUGCUAGAGGAGAUGUUCCGGAGCUUGGACACCAUUGUGGGUAUCCUCUACAACCGCUCUGAGAUCAUCACCUUUGCUAAGGUCAAGCAGGGUGUCCAAGACAUGAUGCACAAGCGGUUCGAGGAGAGUCAUAUGGGCCAAAUUAAGACUGUCUAUCCAUCAGCCUUCACCUUCCAGCAGGAAAACAACAUCCCCACUUUCAAUGCCACGGUGAAAAAAUCCUGUUACCAGCUGACAAUCGAGCCUGUCAUCAAUAAAGAGAACAAUGAUGCGAGGCCCCUGCUUUCCAGUUCUCGUCUGCUAGAAAGGAGACGCACGUUCCACCGAAACUUGGUUGACAUUGUCAAGAAGCAUCACAAGGUGUUCUUGGCAUCCCUGGACCCACCCAUGCAUGUCCCAGAUGGCAAACUGACCCGCUGGCAUCCUCGCUUUAAUGUGGAUGAGGUGCCCGACAUCCAGACCAGCAAGUUGCCACAACCUCCCCAGAUGGAAAAGCUGACCACUGCAAAGGAGGUGCUGGACAGGGCUUGCUCUCUGACACCGAAGAUGGAGAGGGCCCUGGCCAACAUGGCACUGAAGACUGUGGAAACCACCAGUCUAAGAGAAUCUGCACAAACAGCCACCCCAGUGUCUGCUGCAAGGCCAAAAGCUCUCAAAGGGGUUUCUGAAUCUCUGCUGGAGAGGAUCAGGGCAAAGGAGGCACAGAAGCUGCAAGCCACCAUGAUGCGCAACCCACAGCAGGAGGAGCGGCUGGUGAUGAUGUCGCGACUGGGGGAGAUGGCCAGGAUCCUGCGUAAUGUCUUUGUGGCUGAGAAGAAACCAUCCCUCAUCAUGGAGGUGGCGUGCAAUCGUGUGAUUUCCAGCUACCGCUCAGCCCUCAGCACCGGAGACAUGGAAAAGCAUCUGCGCCUCCUGGCAGAGCUUGCCCCCGAUUGGCUGACCAUCCACCCAAUCAGAAAGGACUUCUACCUGAAGCUCAACAAGACCAUGGCUCUGAAUGUGGUGCUAGAGAAACUGAGCCAGAAGACAAAGGAGGAAGAGGCCAAGAACUGAAGCUGUCAGUGAGCACCUGAGCAGUGACAGCUAUGUGCAAUCAGUAGCUAAUAGUCAUUUUAAUCUGAUCUUAGUCUUAUCCUCCUUCCUCCAACUAGCAUUAUGUGGUCAACAUUAGAUGCACUGUCCUUCAAAAUGUCUCUUUGGGUUUUAACUGUGGGAGGGAAAAGAAUGCACAACCAAUAAUGUCACAGGCUUUUUUUUAGAGUGGUGAAUAGAGUUUGUAACCAAUUUUUAAAUUUGUACUUCCUAGGCUUAGGAGGAACCUUUAAUAAAAAGUUGUACAAUUUCUAUACCAUUUCUUAAAACCCCAGCUUGGUUAAUAUGUAAAGUUUUAAGAUGUAAUUUUAUUUUAUUCCCUCUUACACAGUGAAAUAUUUCAUGUUAUCAAGUUAUGUAUUUAUACU